AUGGCAAGCGCGAGGCAGCAGCUGCAGUUUACGGCCAGGGGCGGUAGACCGGCCAGGCUCCACCAAGAAACGCACCUGGACUGGGCGCCAACGCUUUUGCUCGGAUACACAAGAAAAAGUGAAGGCAUUGCCCGCUACGAGCAUGCUGCAAGGCGACGGACCAAGCGACCUACUCCCGAGGUCGACGCGGGGACCACUGCACCGUCAAAAAUUUCUGGAUUCGCCGCAACGUCGCCUGAAAACUGCUGCGAUGACGGUGACAACGGCACACACUCGGAAGACAGCCCGCCACUGCUGCAAGCUGAAUGUGAAAUCCAGGCUGCCGAAAAUGAAUCAGGAGUUGCUGUACAGGCAGAAAUGUCCAUGGCAGACGUUGCAGCAUUGGAGCUACAGUGCACUAUGCUAAAUGACAACCUGUACGCCCUGCGUGAAUACAUUGACAAGUUGGAGUGGACGGAAGCUGCAUUCAGAGAGAGUAAGUCCAAGGUCAUGUACUACACAGGGAUGGCAAGCUUCGAUAUUCUGUAUGGCAUAUUUAGUGUUGUGGAGUGCUAUGUUCCACACGGUGCAAACAACGUUCUAUCAAAGUUUCAAGAGUUCAUUCUCUUCCUAAUGAAGUUGAAACUGAAUUUGCACAACACUGAUCUCGGCUUCAGAUUUGGAGUUUCAGAAGCGACAGCGUCGCGCAUUUUUGAUAAGUGGUUGUAUGUUACAUAUUGUCGGCUGAAGCCAUACAUUUCGUGGCCAGACAGAGUUUUACUGCAGAAGACAAUGCCACAGGCUUUCUUCGACUCCUUUGGAGCAAAUGUUGCCACAGUGAUUGAUUGUUUUGAAAUAAAAAUAGAGCGACCAUCUCUGCAGUUUAGAAGUGAGACAUGGUCGCAGUACAAACAGAGCAAUACUGCUAAGUUUCUCAUUGGCAUUGUUCCUCAAGGUGCCGUUACCUUUAUUUCAGAGGGUUGGGGAGGGCGCUGCAGUGACAAGCACAUAACAGAACAUUCCGGCAUGCUUGACAACUUACGUCCUGGGGAUGUUGUGCUUGCCGACAGAGGCUUCAAUAUCUCAGAGAGUGUUGGCUUCUACUGCGCGCGCUUGCAUGUUCCAGCCUAUACCAAAGGCUAA